UAUACCUUGCUGGACUAACGAAUUAUAUUUUAAGUGAAAUGUUUGAUUUGUUUUGUGCGUAUGAGUAUGAGUGAGUUUAUCUUGUGAAAUGAAUGACUGAAAUGUAGUAUGCUAUGAAUGUGUAUGAUGUUAAGUGCAUGUAUGAUGAUGAAUGUCUUAAAAACAGAUAGAUUGAAAUGUAUUAUCAUGAUCGAGAUAUGAUGAAUUUGUGAAAAGGAGAAUUAUAUUCGAAAACCUAUAAAGGGACAAAAGAAGAAUGAUAUGAUUAAAUAUGUAUUGCUUUAAGCGAUAUCACGUGUACACCUAUGUAAUUACGAGAAUAUUUAUUAUAUUAUGUAAAAUUAACUUGCGCUAAUUACUCCGGAGUUAUUUUUUAAGUCGACUUAGAAUAGUAUAAAUAAGGGUUAACUAUGUGGUGUGAAAUUUGAGGUGUAUUAAAGUAAUUAUAAGAUUUAGCUCUAAUGCAUCCACUGAAAUACGGAGCAUUUUGUUCCUGCGAUUCGUUCUAAAUCUACGGAGCAUAUGUAACGCAUCAAUUUGAAUUACUCAAAUUUUGUGUAAGUAAGUAAGUGGGGAGUCGUUCCAUGUACGCGCUCUAUUAUAUAAGCCCCUCUCUAACGCUGCUCGCUCUCCUUUGCUCGGUUGCCACUCAGCGAGAAACAUCACAGAAGGCGGGACCUUCUGACUUACAACUAUUUGACGACAUUCCAACGGCUAUCUUCUGCGACAGAAUCCGCUCUGGGAUCAAGAUAAUUUCACUGCUUGUGUUGCAAGAUAUACUAGUGCAGUUUAGUGAUUACCUCCUAUAUUGGGAAUUGUGACGAGAUGUGUGGCAUAGAAGAACCGAGCAUUGCGAGCGAAGAACCAUGAGCAUCUUAGUGUGAGCUAAUCUUUUAUUAUGUAUCCGAGUUGACGAACCGUAGUUUGAAUGUUAAAUAUGGAAAUGUUUUGAUUUUAAUCUAUACAUCUCAGGUCUCACCGGGAGAGUGAAGAUAGAAUAAUAUAGAAUAAUAAAGUGAUUCUCAAACAACUCUGCAAGUGACCUUGAGGGAAGAAACCACACCAAUAAGGCAAAACCAACAAAAGAAGUGCAAGUGAGGGCUAAGGACUUGCUAAGUUAGGGGUGGCCACAGGCAAGUCUACAUUAUGUACAGUAUGAAUUAUAUCGGAAAGUUCAUCAGCAACUUCCGAGACUUCUACAAUGAGAUCAAUGCAGCUACUCUCACUGGUGCCAUCGAUGUUGUUGUUGUCCAGCAGCCUGACGGAUCAUUUACCUGCUCACCAUUCCAUGUACGCUUUGGCAAACUUGGUGUAUUACGUUCCAGGGAGAAAGUGGUUGAUAUUGAAAUAAAUUCAGAGCCUAGGCAGAUUCAUAUGAAAUUGGGAGAUUCAGGGGAAGCUUUCUUUGUUGAGGAAGUUCCUGGAUAUGAUGGAUCACCUAGCGAAGCUGAAAUUCCACCACAUUUAGCGUGUUCACCUAUUCCUAAUGACGAUGAUGUUUUCCCAAAUAACAGAAGGUUCAAUGUACUCUCUGAUCUACCUCAAGAACAGCAUGAAAAGAUACUCAGAGAUUCAGUACUGUCUAUUGAACGUGAAAAAUGGGAGCAGAUGUCGGCUUUACCACCAGACCAAAGAGAAAACUUCUUGAUUGAGCAUUUCUCAGACCUUCCUCUUGAGCAUCGUGAAAAGUGGUUGCAAAUUGCAUCACUUACAUCGGAGGAGAGGGAUAAAAUAUUUCAAGAAUAUAAUAAAACUAUCUCAACUGCACAGAAACAACGCAUGAUUAGUGAGCAAUACUGCGCUCUCAAGACCGAAGACAAAGAGAGGCUCUUUAAAGAGAAUUUUCCAGAAUUGCCUGCUGAGCAGAGACAAAAAUUUGAAAAAGCAUUGCUGACUGAAUGGAAGAAAAAAGACGUGCAUUAUUCGCCUAAGAAAUCAAGCAUUAUUAGAGAUGAGACUGCUGAUGACGAAGAGGAGGAUGUCGAGGAAGAAGAGGAAGAUGACGAGAAAUUGCGUUUCAACGAUGACGAGGAGAUAUUUGAUAUGGAUAACAUUAAUCAAGAUGAGGAACCAAAACCACUAGUAUCCAAUCCAGUAUCGAAUCCCAAAUCUUUUAUCGCAGUCACUUCAAGUGAAAGAAUUCGCAAAAUCAGCGUCGUUAAAAAUGAUUUUCGUCCCAUUGAGAAGCCUCAGUUCGACGACUCCAGUAAUCCCAUGACGUUGUCAUCAUCAUCCUCUUCUUCGGGAACUAAAAGAAACUCGAAAGAUGAGUCAACGACUGAAGAAUCUAAAGGUGGUAGCAGCAGCUCCAAGAGGAGAAGAAAGAAGAGAAGUAUUAUGAAGAGAAAAAGCGUAUCGAGAAAGAUCAGCGUAAACGACAUUGAUGCUUCUCAGGGUAAAGAUACUAUAUCUGUGAUCGAAUUUGAUAAAUCUCAAUUAGAGGAAUCUGACAGCAAAUUUAUCGUAAAAGAUGAUGCAAAAGAAAUUCCAGAAAAAGAACAGCUCAGUAAAAUUUCCGUAAGUCACACGUCGAUGGAUUUCCAUUUCUUCAGCGACACUGAAAUCACGACAAAAAACAAAGAAUCCAGGCCUAGUUCACCAGUGCAAUCAGAUACCGAGUUCGAAGUUCAAAAGAUAACGCAAGAAGCUAAAGCUGAGAAUGAUAAAACCCACACCCAAAGUUGGAGAUGGGGAGAGUUGCCAAGUCCACCACAUGAUAUCUCUUUGGAAGGUCAAUUGAAUGCCGUGGUUACAGCUAGUACUGUUAACGAAACUGCAGAAGCACGUAGAUCGAUGCUAGGAGGGAUGUUUUCAUUCAUGAAGAAAACCUCGCGAGUGAGACACAAUCCGGAAUCCGAGGGCAUUUACCUGAGCGACUUGAACGCCGAUGAACUUGAUCCGGAGGUCGCUGCUCUUUAUUUUCCAUCUUCGCAUCGUGGCCCGGGAGGUAACGUUGUUAAAGAAAAAUUAGGCUACGAAGAGGAUACAGAAUCGGGUAAUGGACCAUCCCUACCACAAAGUCCAAACAGUGUAGAAGGUGCAAUCGGCGGACCAAAAUCACUCGACAGCGACUUCGACGAAUCAUCAAAACACUUUGAACCACCGCUCGACGUCACUUUCUCGCUUUGUGGUACUGAGCUCUCUGACGAAGCCUUCCAACGUCAUGCUCUACGUUAUGAAGAUGCAUGCAGCGAUCCGAAGAUCUUUGAGAAUCCAAAUCUCGUCGUCAAAGUCAAUGGAAAAUUUUACGACUGGAGAUCAGCCUGUGCUCUCGUCAUGACGUAUACCGCAUUCAAUAGGCACUUGCCUCGAGCUACUAUCAACGAUAAGAAGAGAUUGAGCAAGGCUGAUGAUCCUAACGGUAAUACUACUGAAGCUUCCACUGCUCCGGGAGGUUAUAGCUCAUGGUUCACUUGGAGACGUUCAAGUCAGCCUACUAAGAAGUCACCUAACUCCAGCUUUAUUAAAACCGAUGAGAGUCCCAACAUUACGUCUCUCGAAAUCAGCAGUACCGAAACAGCUACAGCCAGCAAAGAUGAGAAUCUAGAGCCUAGAACUACCACGAUAAUCGUCAGUGACGAGAACAACAAGGACAUCGUCACCGAGGAAAUUACCAACAGUGUUGAAAGUACUAGCCAGUCACUCGUGAGCUUCAGCGAUGCUGUCGAGGAUAAAUCAGAAUCGGCAAUGCAUUCGUUGCCGAAAGAAGUAGAGCGAGUUGACUUGUUCAGUACUGGAAAUAAUUAUGAUUCCGAUGAAGAACGUUCAAGAAUCGGCGAUGUUGGUGUUCCAAUUAUCACUUCAAAUACAUUAUCUGCUACAACGCCGGCCACUAACGUACCUAAAAGAUCGUAUCAUGAAAGCACGCAGAACUGUAGAAAAACUUUAAGGCUGUCAUCUGAGCAAAUUGCUAGUCUAAACUUAAAAGAAGGCGUGAACGAGGUGGUUUUUAGCGUGACAACAGCGUAUCAAGGAACAACUCGUUGCAAAUGUUUUAUUUACAAGUGGCGCUGGGACGACAAAAUUGUGAUCUCAGAUAUUGACGGGACAAUCACUAAAUCCGAUGUACUCGGCCAUAUUCUGCCAAUAGUUGGCAAAGAUUGGGCUCAAUCAGGUGUAGCUCAACUGUUUACAAAAAUCAAGGACAACGGCUACAAGUUACUUUAUCUAUCAGCGCGAGCCAUAGGUCAAGCAAGAGUCACGAGAGAAUAUCUCAAGAGUAUCAGACAAGGCGAUUUAUCAUUACCUGACGGACCAUUACUUUUGAAUCCUACAAGUUUGAUUUCCGCUUUCCAUAGAGAGGUUAUCGAAAAGAAGCCUGAAGAAUUUAAGAUUUCUUGCCUCAGCGAUAUCAAGGCUUUGUUUCCUGAAGGCUCGCAGCCUUUUUAUGCUGGUUAUGGGAAUCGUAUCAAUGAUGUAUGGGCAUACAGAGCUGUGGGAAUUCCCACUACACGAAUUUUCACAAUUAAUCAUCGUGGUGAAUUGAAGCACGAACUGACUCAAACUUUCCAAUCUUCGUAUUCAAACAUGAGUUUCAUAGUGGAUCAUCUUUACCCAGCGUUGCGCGAAGAUGCAGCCGAUGAAUUCAGCAAUUUUUCAUAUUGGCGUGAGCCAAUUCCCGAGGUGAACAACGAGAUGCUCACAGUACAGAGUUAAAUACAAAAUGAAACAAAGUAUUAAAUGGUAGUUAGGAUUGACUUAUGGUUUUUUAAAUUUAUGUACAUGUGAUGAUCGAAAGAUUCUAGUCUCAAUCAACGAUUGACAAGUUGCGCAUCAUAUUUGAAAAUUGAAUUGAGCUUGACUUGAUUUUAUAAUAGGGCUCGAAUUUAUGGGCUGCCUCUCUAUCUCUCUUGUUUUGCGUGGUUGCAUUCCAAGGCGUGUGUGAGCACACUUUUCUUUCCGUAUGAAAUAAUUCAUUAUCGACGAGACAUAUAUAUAUAUAUAUUAUAUUUUUAAUAUUCCUUUUCAAACAGACGAUGUAUGUGUAAUAAUGUUCUUCGAUUGUCAAAGCGUUACCAAUUGUGUGUAUGUUAAGGGAGUCCUGUAGUCGAAAUAUUUGAAAAUGUAAAUUAAUUCUUUUAUUUUGGUAAUCGUAGAUAGCUUUUCCAUUUAGUACUUAGGAAAAAAUUCAUAAUUAAAUUUUUUCAAAGUACGCGUUGAUAACUUUUUGUGAUAAUUACUUGGUGCAUAAUGUUUUUGUUUAUACGUUAAUGUAAGUACUUAUCAAAUUUUGCGUGGAAAUUAUAUAUUUAUUAUACAUUAUUUUCUAUCAAACAUUAUUCCACUCCCCACAAAAUAAAGUUUCAAGUAAUUAUGCGCCAUGAAUUUAUUUUAUCGAUUAAUGUAAAAAAACGGAAUCAAUUUUAUAAUAAUUAUGUUAACGUAUUUAUGUUGUAUUUAUGUGUAAAAGUAGCGUAAGACUAUAGAUAUAUAAGACUCCAUCAAUUUAAUUGACCUUAGAACACGAAUUUAUAAUAGCAUGAAGAACUUUCAGGCGAAAUCCAAAUGGAGAUAACAUUGUAACGUUGACCAAAGAGAAAUGCCGUUGGUAUAUAACUUAUUUAAUAUACUGAAUGAUGUAACCAUUGCACUAUAAUGAGAGUGAAUCUAAAAGGCCGCUUUAUGGAAUUUUUUUUGCCCUAAUUAUAGGCUUACAUAAUAAACCUUUGUUAGAUUAUGUAGUCACAACGUUUAAAAAAUUAACUAGUCGUAAUACGUGGCGGACGAAAAAUGAGCAGGCCUCUAAGGUUUUGUAAGUGUACAACAAAUUAUUCGUUCCUAGAACUCGUGACGACUUUAGUUUAGUAUAUUUCGAUACUAGUACGAGAAAAUGAUUUGACCCUCGUGUCGGCGUAUGCGCCCGAGCGAAGCGAGGGAGAAAAGACCGCACGAGGGUGAAAUCAUCUUUUCGCCCAAGUAUCGAACAAUAUUUUUCGAUACAAUGUGUGUGACACGAGAUUUUAAACACGCUGUCUUUUCCGAGCGUACGUAAAAUCCAGCUUCGCGCACAGCGUAUCGAAAAAGUUAUUUACGUAGGAUAGAUAGAUAUAUAAUAUGCAAACAAUGUACAUUAGAAAUUUCUUUUCGCAAAGCGUUGAUCGUUUUUGUCUUUCACAUGUAAGCAAGAAUAUUUGUUAUUACUUUAGCUAUGUUAUUCCUUUUUCUUUUUUACAAGUACCAAUAUUCUUUUUUAUGAAUAAAAACUUCAGUUCCUAUAAAA